AUGGCUUUAACAUCGCCCACGGACCAAGCGAUCGCGAUCGUAGCUACACUCAAAUUCCAUCAGAUUUUCACAAUACCAGCAACAGACACACAUGCGCAACUGAAAGUUACUUAUGCCAUUAUUGGGCCGCCGAUUGGAACCGAUGUCCCAACGAUUUUGUUCUGUUCUGGCAUGUUUGCGUCUAGGCAGAUAGGAAUAUCGUGGAAUCAUCUGGCGGAGAAAUAUGGGGUAAGGGUAAUUUUCGUCGAUAGACCUGGACUCGGAGGCUCGACACCUGUUCCACUUUCUCAACGCAUCUCUGUUUUCCUCGAAACCGUUCCCCUCCUCCUUGAACACCUUCAGAUAUCCCAUGUAUCUCUCGCAAGCCAUAGCGCCGGCACCAUCUAUGCCUUAAACAUCCUCAUCCGCUACCCUUCCAUUCUUCCUCCAAAGAACCCAAGCCUAACUUUCUUCUGCCCGUGGGUCCACCACUCCCACUCAGGAAUAGUCUCGCUGCAGUUGGCCUCGCUCCUUCCCAACGCCCUCUUCAAUACAUUAGAUGGUUUCAUUGGCUUCGGACUCAACAGUGCGAAACCUAGCCUCUCCGCAUCAAGUAACUCUCUGUUAUCACUAGCCUCGCUCUUUAAAUCUCAGAAAGCGACCGAGAAGACAAUGAUGCAAAAGGCCGAGGCAGAGAGGUUAUGCUUGGACACAUUUGGGGUAGGUCUGGAUGUUAAGGCAGAGAUUGAUAGACUGGUGUUUCAAUAUGUGUUUGCCGAGACUACAAAGGGUUCAAACGACGAGGCAAGGUUGUGCUUGAAAAAUGUCGAAGAUAGUUGUGGGUGGGUUGCUUGUGAGGAUUAUAUGGAGGUGGUUGAGGACCUUGCACAACUUUGGGAAGAGAGGGUUGGAGAAGGGGCAGAAAAACUGCGAGUGAAGGUCCUUUUUGGGGCGGAGGAUGGGAGAAUCGGGGAUAAAGGAAAGAAGUAUUUUGAGGGUUGUUGGGCAGAGGAAAGGUGCGGAAAAGGUAUUGAGGUGGAAUGUAUCACUACAGUGGGGACGGACCACGACACCACUAUAGAUCCGACGAAGGGCUAUGUUGGUAGCAUGCUUGCUGCGGCGAAAGAAUCAAGAUCUUAG